CAUACACUCAUAUAUAUAACCCCAAAACAAAAGAAUUGCAAACGACACCGAGAGAGAGAGAAUUUUAACUUCUUUCCUUUCUCUCUCUGGUUCAGUAGAAACGAAAGCUCUACCCACAUCAAUGGCGAAGAGAAGAAGCUGCCCGUCGGAGUCGUCUGGAACUACGCCGUGGAGCUGAAGCUACUACUCACGGCUCUGUUAAUCCUCUGCACAUUAGCUACUCUUCUCCAAUUCAUCCCUUCCCGCUUCACCUUCUCCACCUCCGACCUCCGCUUCUGCAUCUCCAGAGUCAUCCCUCCGGCCCAAGUCCAGGCCCUCGCCCAAGCACCGGUCCAGUCAGAUAUAGCCAACGCAACCGCCGUAGCUGCAGCACUACUCUCUUCGCCAGCACCAUCAUCAAUACCAUCUUCCCCGCUGCCAACGCCACCGCCGCCUCCGCCGCCAUCUGUUGAGCUCGACAAGGUGCUCAGCAAUGGCGUCCUCAAACGGGCGUUCAACCCGUACGGCUCCGCCGCCUACAGCUUCAUCACCAUGGGAACUUACAGAGGCGGGAUGAACACUUUCGCCAUUGUGGGUCUGGCCUCGAAGCCUCUCCACGUCUUCUCCAACCCCAAGUACGAGUGCCAGUGGGUCCCCAAUCUCAAUUCGACCCCACCCAUUUCUUCAAUCGGGUAUAAAAUCCUCCCGGAUUGGGGCUACGGCCGGGUCUACACCGUCGUGGUCGUGAACUGCACAUUCUCCCAGCCCAUCAAUGCUGACAACUCCGGCGGUAAGCUCCUCCUAUUAGCCACCACCGAAGGCGGCGGAGACCGGAAUUUCAACACUACCGACACAAUACAGGCCUUAACCGAAGCCCCCGGAACUGUAAACGCCGGAAUCUUCACCGCCAAGCCAAAAUACGACUAUUUCUACUGUGGGUCUUCGUUGUUCGGAAAUCUGAGUCCCCAGAGAGUGAGGGAGUGGAUUGCUUACCACGUCCGGCUGUUCGGGCCGAGAUCCCAUUUCGUAAUCCACGACGCCGGGGGGAUCCAUGAGGAGGUGCUGGAGGUUCUGAAGCCAUGGAUGGAGCUCGGAUACGUGACGCUGCAGGACAUCAGGGAGCAGGAGAGGUUCGAUGGGUAUUACCACAACCAGUUCAUGGUAGUGAAUGAUUGCUUGCACAGGUAUAAAUUCAUGGCGAAGUGGAUGUUCUUCUUUGAUGUGGACGAGUACAUUUACAUGCCUCCCAAGAGCAACAUUAAGUCGGUGCUCGAUUCCCUGUCGGAUUACACGCAGUUCACCAUCGAGCAGAUGCCGAUGAGCAACAAGCUCUGCCUCUUUGAAGAUUACCGCAAAACUUACAGGAAAUGGGGGUUUGAGAAACUUGUGUACAAAGAUGUGAAGAGAGGAAUACGAAGGGACCGGAAAUACGCGGUGCAGCCGCGCAAUGUGUACGCCACGGGCGUUCACAUGUCGCAGAAUGUAGCGGGAAAGACGACUCACAAGACGGAGAGAAGGAUCAAGUACUUCCAUUACCACGGAACCAUUGCCACCCGGCGUGAGCCCUGCCGGCAGCUGAUCAACACGACGGAGACCAAUGUUGACCAAAUACCUUAUGUUGUGGACACAACCAUGAGAAUGGUUGCUGGUUCUGUGAAGAAGUUUGAGCUCAGGAUGAUUGGAGACAGAUUACAAAAGACCAGACAAUAAGAGGCACACCAUUUUCCCACUUUUUUGAAUCUCUUUUUCUUUUUAUUUUUUUAUUUUUUUUUUAUUUUUUUUUAUAUAUGUUAAUGUUUAAUCACAGUUGUACGUAGAACAGAAAAUUCUUUGGAGGGUUGGAAGUUGUUCCUUGUAUAAUGGUUUUUGGUGAAAGGUAUAUAAUAGUUUUUAAAUUUUUAUA